CCGACGCGCGUCUUUCGUAACUCACUAAAAUUACGUGUCAGUUUUAUCAAAUUCAUUUCGUUUAAAAUAAUUUUCCAAUCGAUAACAGAAAGUAGCCAUUAAAAUUAAAUUAUCGAUACUAAGACAACACUAGUGUGAUUAAAACUUACAUUUUUGUACGAUAACUCGAUGUGUCGAUAAAAACAUCGAUAGAAUAGCAAUCGCGUGUACCACCGGCGUCAACAAUGUAGCCAUAGUGACGUUACUGUUGACAAUUUGACAGUUUGGUAAUGUUAAACGAUAAUUUAUGAGCCUCAAUUAUGUUUUCUGAAGUAAAAAAAGUCUGGUGUUUACGUGUUUUGAGAUUAAUUUGACAGGUUUGUGGCGGUUUUUUGUGUAGGUAACUACAUCACCUUUAAAGAUGGGUAAUGGAAUGAAUAAGGUCCUGCCUGGGCUGUACGUGGGCAACUACCGGGACUCCAAGGACCCCGUACAGCUUGACAAGUAUAAAAUUACCCACAUCCUGUCCAUACACGACGCCGCGCGUAGACUGCAUUCCGAUAAACAUUAUCUUUGUAUAAUGGCGUCGGACUCACCAGACCAGAAUCUCACACAAUAUUUCAGUUUAUGCAAUGACUUCAUACACGCGGCGCGACUCAGAGACGGAAAUGUUCUUAUACAUUGUUUAGCGGGUAUGUCUCGCAGUGUUACGGUUGCGGUGGCGUACAUAAUGUCGGUGACACCUCUGACGUGGCGUGAAGCACUCAAGGUGGUGCGCGCGGGUCGCGCAGUUGCCAACCCUAACCUUGGCUUCCAAAGGCAACUGCAAGACUUCGAAACUUAUAAAUUAGUUGAGGAGAGGCGACGUCUCAAAGAGCGGUAUCCGUCGCUAGCGUUAGCGGACAGCGACCUGGCAGAGUGCCGCGUCAUGUUGGACUCAUACCAGCUCAUGCUGCGCCAAAAGACCAUCUGCGAGGGCAAGUGCGCUAUGGGCCGACAGUGUCCUACCGGCGUGUGUAGGACGGGCUCGAAGCGGCAACCGCGCACGCGCCGUCCAUCCGCCGCGGGAGGCGGGCCCGGGGGCGGGGAACCGGGCGCGGGGGGCCUGACGCGCUCUCCCUCCACGCUCUCCACUGCAUCCACUACUUCUGGAUACAGGCCACGUUCCUCACCGGCAGGACUUUACAGUUACACCGGGCCUACAUCAAGACCGACCAGGUCGACCUCAGGGCUGAGCGUGACGCGCGUGCGGGACGCUGUCGGUGGGGGCUCCGCUAUGGCUGUAGGAGGCUCCGAGUACUCCCGCCGCCGUGCCGCUUCUGCGCCGGCCACCCCCGCACUCUCCCCUGCGUCUUCCCCACCGGCAUCCCCGCACAGGGCGCCGCAUAGAAAAGCCUGCGCUUGGAUUAUACCUUCUGUGAAAUGGAUGGACUCUGAAGACGAUUUAUAGGUCUCGUCCUACACAGCGGUGUUCGUAGCAGGCCGUCAGAUGUCGCGUCUCAUCCGCCCACAACCGCACAAGAAAUAACUUAAUUAUUAACUAUUGUAUAAUACAAUACACGAUUCUAUUUGAUAUACACUCGCUCAAACUAACAACAGCUGAAGCUUACUAAAUAAAAAAUGCUUGAAUAAUUUUUUAAACCAUGUACAAUCGCGGAAAACCGCGGUGUUUUACUUUUAGAGAAAUAACUUUAUUCCUUGCAACGAAACAAACUCCUCUGUGUGUAUCUCUGACCGACCUUUUUUUGCACCGGCACAUUAAAAUGCUGCGUCGUCCCAUUGGACAUUGUUUGCGCAUCAACUGUUGCUUGAAUGUGUAAACGACUGUUGCUUUUAAGGAGGAACACCGCCAUUUUCCCCGACUGUACUAGUGGGUUUCGACUGCAAUGACACUUGAAUUAAUACAAGUUAUUGUCUCUGCUUAGUGUAAGGGAUGACAAUAUGUAUUAAUACAAUGAUCAGUGCAGUGAAGUUCUUGGCUAUGGUUA